GGGAAGACCUCUCUGAUCACCAGGUUUAUGUAUGAUAGUUUUGACAAUACUUACCAGGCAACCAUUGGAAUUGAUUUCCUGUCAAAAACAAUGUAUCUUGAAGAUCGCACGGUUCGGCUGCAGCUUUGGGACACAGCAGGCCAGGAGCGGUUCCGCAGUCUCAUUCCCAGCUACAUCCGCGACUCCACUAUUGCUGUGGUAGUCUAUGACAUUACAAACUUGAAUUCUUUCCAGCAAACCUCCAAGUGGAUUGAUGACGUUCGGACAGAGAGAGGAAGCGAUGUCAUCAUCAUGUUGGUGGGGAACAAAACUGACCUGGCAGACAAGAGGCAAAUCACUACAGAAGAAGGUGAACAGAGAGCCAAAGAGCUGAAUGUGAUGUUUAUUGAGACCAGUGCAAAGACUGGAUACAAUGUGAAACAGCUUUUCCGUCGUGUGGCUGCUGCCUUACCUGGGAUGGACAGCACACCAGAGAAGAGCAAAGAAGACAUGAUUGACAUCAAACUAGAGAAACCUCCUGAGCAGCCAGUAACGGAGAGCGGGUGCUCCUGCUAACAGGCCCCGUUCUGUAGCAGCACAUUCCCCGACCGGCCAGUCUCACUGAAGAACAUCACUGCUCAUUGGCUAGGCAACCCUACUUUGUGGGCUGAAAAACCAGUUUACUAAAGCGAGCGAACUCCCUGUUUACUGGUGGGGAGCAGCCCCGGCCGCCCCUCUUACUGCAUGGUAUGAGCCCUGAGUGCAGAAUGAGUGUCCUGUCUUUUUAGUUUAUUUUUUUAUGUUGUUGCACUUUGGCACCGUGGUGCCCUUUACACUCUCUCUCUUCCUCUCCUUCUCCUCCCACCUUGAGCCUCUCUGCUCAGAUGUAUCUUGUGAAUGCAAUGGAAAAGCCACCAAGUUAGGGAAGGCAAAAAUAAAGCUCGGGGGGUGGGCUUUCCACCUUCCUUACUGCCUUGCAUCUUAACUUAGUUCCCUCUCCACUCCAGCCCUGUCUUUGUCCAGCAUCCCCACUUCCUCUCUCAGAAGGCUGCUCCUUUUAAACCAGUCAGUUUGACUUGGCCUUGCCUUUUUGGACAAUACAGGUUCUCUUGUUUCUAGGCUUUUGCUUCCUGCAGGGCACACACAAUAUCAGCUCCUCGGUUUCUCCUUUCUGUGGAUGAUCUUGGCUAACUCUUGCACACGACUUCUGAGUUUUGC